GGCACGUCGGGACAUUGGGCAAAUAAGUGUCGUACACCUAGACACUUGAUUGAUUUAUAUAAAUCAUCUCUAAAAGGAAAGAAUGUGGAAACUAAUUACGUCAACGAAAAUGAUCCACCAAUGCCCACAUUCAAUGUGUCUGAUUUCUAUAUGGACGAUAAUGAGAUGAACACCGACAUCAUUAUGGGUGAAAAAUAAUAAAUAAGUAAAUAAAAGGGAAUUUGAAAUAAUUCUGUUAUGUAAUAUAUUCUACAAUAAAAGUUUGUUUGUAUUGUAAUUUUUAUUUGGUGUGCUUAUUUCGAUUGUAAAUGUUAUGUACAUUUUAAUGAAUAAAGCCUUGUUUAUAUUACGGUAUUGAACUAAUAUUUGUUCAUUUUUAUCUUUUCGAAGAUAUGGAGUUAACUAAAAUUUCUCCAAGUGGCUGUGAACAAUGUCUAAUAGACAGUGCCACAACGCACACCAUUUUGAGACAUAGAGAUUAUUUUUCUCAUAUGACAUUAGUUGAUGCUAAUGUCAAUACAAUCUCAGGUGUUGCUAAACUCAUUGAAGGUUCUGGAAUAGCCUGUGUGAUUCUCCCAAAAGGGACAAAAUUAAUAAUUAAAGACGCUUUAUACUCCAGUAAAUCACGGAGAAAUCUUUUGAGCUUUAAAGAUUUGCGUCUAAAUGGUUUUCAUAUUGAAACCAUGUCUGAAAAUCAGAAGGAAUAUUUAUGUCUAACGACAAAUAGAUCUGGCAAUAAAUACAUUUCUGAAAAAAUGCCAGCAUAUUCCUCGGGACUGUAUUAUACAUAUAUCAGUCCAAUUGAGAUAAAUGUGGUAUCUAAAAUUUAUGACCACAAUUCCUUUAUCUUGUGGCAUGGCCGUUUAGGUCAUCCAGGUAGCACUAUGAUGCACAAAAUUAUUGAAAAUUCACGUGGACAUUCAUUAACUAAUGUCAAGAUUCCACAAUCAAGUGAUUUUCUGUGCACUGCCUGUUCUCUUGGCAAAUUAAUUAUCAAGCCAUCUUUAUACAAAAUUGGAGUUGAAUCUCCUGCAUUUUUAGAAAGAAUUCAAGGAGAUAUUUGUGGGCCAAUUACCCCUCCGUGUGGACCGUUUCGAUAUUUUAUGGUGCUCAUUGAUGCAUCAACACGUUGGUCACAUGUCAGUCUUUUAUCGACUAGAAAUUUUGCAUUUGCAAAUCUCCUUGCUCAAAUUAUUCGUUUGAGAUCACAAUUUCCGGAUUAUUCGAUAAAGAAAAUCCAACUUGAUAAUGCAGGAGAAUUUACAUCCCAAUCUUUUAAUGACUAUUGCAUGUCAAUUGGGAUUGAUGUGGAACAUCCAGUUCCACAUGUACAUACACAAAAUGGUCUUGCCGAAUCCUUAAUUAAGCGAUUACAAUUAAUUGCUAGACCAUUAUUGAUGAAAUCCAGAUUACCAUCAUCUGCAUGGGGAUAUGCUAUAAUGCAUGCUGCAAAUUUAAUUCGGCUUAGGCCAACGGCAUAUCAUAAAUUUUCCCCAUUACAAUUAAUAUCUGGUAAAGAACCAAAUAUAUCACACCUAAAAAUAUUUGGUUGUUCUGUGUAUGUACCAAUUGCUCCACCUUAUCGUACUAAAAUGGGUCCUCAAAGAAGGCUGGGAAUUUAUGUUGGUUUUAAAUCACCCUCAAUUAUUAAUUAUCUAGAACCUAUGACCGGUGACUUAUUCACCGCGCGGUUCGAUGACUGUCAUUUUGAUGAGACAGUAUUCCCAGCCUUAGGGGGAUAUUAAAGAAAUGGACCCACGUACGAAAGAUAUUACUUGGAAUGCAACAAAUUUAUCUUUUCUUGAUUCUCGCACAAAUGCUUGUGAACAAGAAAUUCAAAAGAUUAUUCAUUUACAAAAUGUUGCAAACCAAUUGCCUGAUGCUUUCACAGACUCAAAGAAAGUGACAAAGUCACAUGUUCCAGCUAUGAAUGCUCCUUCUCGAAUAGAAAUUCCUGCGGAUAUUAGCGAAAGAACACUUGCUAAUGAAUCUAUGAUACGUAAAAAACGUGGUAGACCACUUGGUUCAAGAGAUUUGAAACCAAGAAAAUUUAAACAGCAAGUUGUAGUUUGUGAUGCCAAAGAAGUUCAACCUUCUCAAGAAGAAAAUGAACAUUUUGAAAAUAUCGGCCUUGAAGAUAACAUCAAUAAUAAUGAUACCUCAAAAGAGGAUCCAAUUACCUUCGAAGAGGUAAAUAUUCCAGAUAAAGAUAGAAACGUCGAUAAUUUUGAAAUUUCAAUUAAUUAUGUUUCUAAUGGAAUACAAUGGAAUAGAAAUGAUAUUGAUGUUAAUGAUAUAUUUUCAUAUGCCAUCGCCACAGAUAUAAUGAAUGAACACGAUGACAAUGAGCCUAAAUCUAUUGACGAAUGUCGUCGUAGAAAUGAUUGGCCAAAAUGGAAUGAAGCAAUUCAGG